AUGGCCUCGCCAAACGGUACAGGGUCCUCCAACAGCGAUAACAGAUGGGCCCAGUUUGGCUUCACAACAACCCCGGACGAGCGCAUCGGGGCUGGUGCUCCUUACACGUCUCCUGCCCUCCAGGCCAACCUGUUCUUCAGGGUUUUCCUCGGCCUCGUCUCCAUCUUCGUUACCUGGGUUCCCGCCCGCCUCCUGUGGCGGAGCGGCGAGUUUGGCGGCACUGUCCUCUGCGUCAUGCUCCUGGUCCUGAACCUCAUCACCGUCGUCAAUGCGCUCAUCUGGCGCGACGACAAUGUUGAGCGCUGGUGGGCCGGCCAGGGCUGGUGCGACAUCCUCACCUACACCUUCUUCGCCAUGCACACGGCCUUCAACAUUUGCAUGUUUGAGAUCAUGCGCGGCCUCGCCUCCAAGGUCGCCCUCAACCGCGCCGUCAAGCUGACCCGCUCCGAGAGGCGGCGCCAGCGCGUCAUCUCGGCCCUCGUCAUCUUCACCGUCCCCGUCAUCCAGGUCGUCCUCACCUACUUCGUCACCUCUGGUCGCUAUAACGUCUCGACCCUGGUCGGAUGCGGUGCCGUCUACUACCCCAACUGGGUCUACCUGGUAUUUUACAUCCUGCCCACCCCGGUCUUUGCCGUAGGUGCGGCUUACAUGGCAGCUCUGGCCUUCUAUCGCUAUCGGAAGAUCGAGAAAGCGACCAGGGAUAUCGCCCGCUCCCAGGGCGGCAUCGCUGCGGCCAGGCAGGACCGGGUUAGGAAGAAGCUCUACUUCAUGACUCUCUUUUGCAUCAUUGUGGUCUUGCCUCUCAUCAUGGUCUUGCUCUUCGACAACAUUGUCGAAGGCGCCCCCUGGAGCCUGCCCUAUGACUUCGACGCCCUCCACUUCGGCCCAGACCCCUUCAAUGUCUACUUCAUAUCCUUCACCACGUCGGACAGGAUGAGCUUCACUGCCCUGAACAUUGCCUACAUCGGCGAGGUUGCCGGCAUCGUCGUCUUCAUCCCCUUUGGCACCACCCCGGAGGCCCUGAACAUGUACCGCGAGAUGCUCCUCUCCCUGGGGCUGGGCUAUGUCUUCCCCAGGCUCAAGGAAGAAUACGUGCCCCACGCAACACGCGGCACUGGUUCUUGGUUCAGCUGGAGCUCACUGUCCCGCUCGCUGCGCGGCAAGAGUGUACUGAGAACAAGUUCAACGUCCACCCGCCAUGGUGGUCUUCUCCCCACAACGGAGCAGGUCUCACUGGAAAGCCGCAGCGGCAGAGGGCACUCGUCUUCCGUGGCUCAAAGAGAGCCCAGAGACUUUACCAUGUGUGAACUCGAUCCCCUCCCCUACCCCCAGGGGACCGUGGCCGCCUCUUCCACAUCUCAGCACAACCCCUGGCCUGACCUGUCUGCUACCGAAGUCGACACCACCACGGCCCAGAUCGAAGCCGGCCUGCCUCCCCCGACCCGUGACCCGUUCCACAUCCUUCCCAUGUCCUACGCCAUGUCACCACACCCUAGGUUUCACACCCCUUCUCUAUCACAUUGCCAAACAAAGGGACGGCGGCAGCAGCCGCAGCCGCAGCCGCAGCCACAAGCUUGCGGUGCCGCUACAAUGACGGAUUUUUCUAAUCCCUCCCCCUCUUCUUCCUCCUCCUUCCUCACCCCCUCCCGCACAACACAGGACCGAGACCAAUAUACAACCACCUUCCCAAUCAUGACACCCGCCCCAACAACAGAAAUGGCAAGCCUCCCUACCACCACCAACGCCGCCACCGUAGGCACGUCUCGUACAGCGCUGGCACUAGCACAGGUCGACACGCGCGUCUGGGCAGCCGACGACCACCACCACGAGCAUGACGACGACGCGGCGAGGGACCCGCCAGAGCAGACGGGGAGAGCAGAAAGGGCGGGGAAGCGGGAACGGAGGCGGAUGUGGUGGCGGAGGAAGGCGGGGAGGGAGGAUCGGGAGGUGAGCGAGGGCGUGGUGCUGGUCGAGACGCGCAUCGCGCGGCAGUCUGCCGAGCUGGGUCCGGCAGGGGAGGAGGCUGAGGAGGGGGAGGGGGAGGUAUGUCGGCCGGCGCCGACGUUGUCUCUUGCUCCUGCUCCCGCUCCUCCUCUUCCUCCGGCUCCGGCUCCGGCUCCGGCUCCGGCUGGUACUGAUGGGGAUGACAACUAACGAUGAUGAUAAUGAUGAUGUUUAUAGAUCAGGUCAUCAUAGACUCGGCCGAGGGCGGGUCUCAGAUGUUGCGAGCAAGGCACGGCGUUGAGAGGGCCUUUGCUGGGGUGGAUCGGGGACGGCAGUCGUUGUUGUUGUCGUCGGAGGCGACUCUACCAUCUCCAGAGGGUGGACGGCGAGGCAAAGAGCCACGAUGAAGGAACAAAGAGGAAGGGUAGGUGCCGAGAAUUGUUGGGCGACCAUGGGAGCCGACCAUUUCGGGAGAUGUCAUUGAGUUGGUCCUCUUUCCUUUUAUAUACACCUUGCUUUUUCAGUUGGAGGUGGGUGUGUGGAAAGUGCAAUCAAGGUUUGUAGUAAUCACACGGGACGAUCGAUCACA